UUAGAAGACACUUCCAUGACUAAACUUUACAACUAAUUAGUGUGUAAGAUACCUCUGUAAUACAUAGUACAGCUUAAAAGAAUAUAAGUACAUUGAUGAUUCAAAGAGUACACUCUGUUAAUUAAGGUUAGCACACUUUGUAGUCAGACGAUGUUCAUUCUCAAUUAAACGUUGUAAUAAUAAUUGCAAGAGAGCCGACUAUGGUAAAGCAUGAAAGGCGAAGAAGGUGAUGGCCCGGACAGCGCGCUCGCGACGAAAGAUGGCCAACACGAGUGACGCUGCCACAUCUGCAAGCAGUCUUCUCUCGACUACAAGCUCAACGCCUUUUAUAGAAGGAACAAUAACUGGAGGCUAUGCAAGUGACAACUAUAGUUUCAACUAUAGCCUUGCAAACAGUUUCGGGGUUGGUUACUCUCUUGAUGAUCUCAACUAUACCGAGCUCUGGAUAGACGUUUGGAAUAGUACGGUGGCCAGCAACGUAACAGGGAGACUCAACUCAACGACUUUAUCAUCUGGAGGGUACUGCGACGAAUGGGAGGCAGCACAACACAAGCUAUUCCAGGCAGCCAAUCUCUUCUUCGCUGCUGCCUUCCUCGUUCCAAGGUCUUUCAAGGCUUCAGUGUUGGCAUUGCGCACAUUUCUGACUGCCGGAUUUAUGCUAGCAGCGCUGUGGGCUGGAAUAACCAUUUGUGCCCUUGAUGCAAUGCUUUGGUCUCUUUUUCUGGGUCUACUUAAUGGCAUACAUUCCCUCAUUCUCGCUUGUCGUUUCUUACCACCAGCUCUAAGUCCGGAGCUUGUUGAACUCUAUCUCAAGCUCUUCAAGCCUUAUCGAGUGAGCAAAAAGCACUUCCAGGAACUUGCCAAAGAAGCUAGAAUUCUUAAGCUUGAUCCUGGACAGACAUACGCCACUGAAGGAGUCUCACCUGCUGAUGAAAGACUUUCAAUCCUGUUACGUGGCAAACUCAAAGUCACGUGUGAUGGAACACAUUUGCAUUACGUGAGGGCUUAUCAGUUCGUGGAUUCCCCAGAGUGGGAAGCAACUCAUGAGAAUAUUGACGAUGUCUUCCAAGUAACAAUAAGAGCUGAAGAGUCGAGCACAUACAUCUGUUGGACGAGACUGAAACUAAUGCGUGUCCUCAGGCAUCGACCUUUACUCAAAGUCGUUCUUAAUACUCUUAUUGGGAAGGACAUAACGUCUAAGCUUUAUGCUCUCAACGAGCAACUAGCAGGAGUAGCAGCAGCACACGAAAAUGCUGUAUCAAAUCCUUAUAGGGGAGUUGCAAGGAGCAUGAGCGUGGACGCGGUCAACACGGAAACUGCUGGGCGAGUCAGGUCAAACACGUGGAAAACACAAAGAAGACAUAGUAAUCCACGAACUUCACCUCAACGCCACUCUUAUCAGUACUGGAGUCCUGUGGUAGCUAACCACUUUCCAGUGACUUCACCCUUUAUUUCAAUGCAGCAGUCUGCUGGCUAUUCACUUAUACCCCAAGGUGUCACAUUCUCACCACCUCCACGGGCUUCAACUGUAACACAUCCACCACUCACCAGACAACGGAGUGCUGGUGGCGCUGGAGGUGACUAUAUGUUACUACCACAGACACCAAAACUCGAGCGAAAACGCUCGAAAAAAACAACCAGAGAGGUGACCUUUGAGACACCUGUAUGACGUUCGCUUGACGGGGAGGGUCCAGCAAGUGUUCCACUUCUUUCGUUAUCACCUCAGCGGAAUGCGACAUAGCCCCGUCAACUAAUAAAUCAUCAUGACAAUCUUCAAGUCAUUACUAAGACAAUUAAGCUGAUUCUGUAGUUGUCAAGAUGGCCUAAACAGUGAUGGAGAAAAUGGACUAGUGUUCUAAAUGAUGAAACAGUGAGUGUAGAAAAAAAAACAAUUGUUUAUAAAGUGACAGAAAUACAUACAGAAAAUUAAAUUUAAUAUCGAUCGAGUGAUUGAUUAUUAUAAUUUAUAAAUCAGCAAUGUGAUGAUGAUGUAACUCAUGGCAUGUAGACAGUUCACAUCAACGUCAAACUCCAAUAAUUAUUAAUUGAGUGACAUCGAAUAAAAAAAAUAUCUAUAAUGCAAUGAUAGCUUUAUUCAAAUAUAAGAAAAGAGUAUAGUAAAAAAUAAAUUAAUAAAGAGAAUGAUGGAUAAUGAAAACAAUGAGCAACAGCGAAAAAAGUUAGAAUAAACACUGAUCAUUUCACGUAUACCUUGUCUGUGAUUAUAACAAUGGAUAUAAACUGUUAAGAUUUUGA